UAAAUUGUUAAUGAAAUCUUUUUAAGGAAAAAUAAUAUUUCGAAUUAUUUAUAUUGCUUUUUACUUCAGCAACGUUGAAGUACAAAAGUAAAUGUGUUCUCUUAAAUAUUUUGUGGUAAUGCAUAGUAUCCAAUAUUGAUUUCGUAAAUUGCGACGUCUUAUUUUUAACAUCAUUUGAUUGAGAAGUGAUAAAAUGACUUCAAUUUUCGAUCAACUGGAACAAGCUUCGCAAAUUUCACAAAGGGCGGAACCAGUAUCUGAACCUAUGACGUCGUCUGGAUAUAUAACAAUGCAAAUGGAAGAUAACACGCCCAUGUUCUCAAAGCAGAAAAUGAACUUCAAUCCAUCAGAUCUCAUCACUCAUGUUGCUGUAGCUAGCGACUAUCUAGUACUUGCUAUGGCCAAUGGGAAACUUUUUCGAUUGGAUUUAAAAGUGCCUGAUCAGCAUGAAGAAAUCCACUAUGCGAAAUUUGUACAAGCCAACACAAAGCUUUCUAACAUAUUUCUGGACCCUCUUGGACAACAUUUACUUUUGGCUUUUGCUGCAAGAAACAAAGAAGGGUAUCCAGAACUUAUUUAUCUGCAUCGAUCUCGAAGCAAACCCAAAUCUGUCAGCAAAUCAAAGAAUUAUGAAGUAACCGAAGUUGGCUGGAAUUAUGAGAAUAAUUCUGUCGCUACUACAGGACCAAUACUGCUGGGAACAUCACAUGGACUUUUACUUGAAACUGAAUUGGAAGCAGAUAAUGAUAAAAUGUUUUCUGGUAGUCAGUAUUGGAGACAAAUUUUCGAUAUUGGUAAAGGUGCAGAUACACCAAUAACUGGGAUUCAAUUUAAUAGAAUCAACAAUACAUCAAAAUAUUACAUAUUUGUAACAACACCAACAAGACUGUAUCAGUUUAUUGGCAAUGCAGUAAUCACUGAUAAUAAGCCAUCCCUUCAGUCAUUAUUCUAUACAUAUCUGACCACAACGGAGACAGGGUUCCAGGAGAUUCCAUCCACAUUGAAAUACUCUAAGCUACAAUUUUACUUUGACAAAGAUAAUACACCAAAGACAUUUGCAUGGUUGACGGAACCAGGAAUAUUCUAUGGACAGUUAGAUCCAUCUUCCCAACAAAAUUCCAACUCACUUUUCACUCAAGGUGAGCUGAUAAAUUAUCCAGUAGAAAAAGUAGAUACAAAAGACCUUGUCACUGAGAAAGUUGAUGCAUCCGAAAAGACGCCGUUGGCUUUUGUAUUAACUGAAUUCCAUGCAAUUCUUAUGUUCUCUGACAAAGUUAAGGUAGUUUCUCUUUUAAACCAAGAACUUGUGUACCAAGACACUUAUUCGGAUGCUCAUGGAAAAUUAAAAAAUGUCGUCAAAGAUCCGGCUCGAAGGACCAUUUGGGCGGUCACCGAUAAAGCCGUCUUUAGAUACAAAGUGAUUCGCGAAGAAAGAAAUGUAUGGAGAAUUUAUACAGAUAAGGAAGAAUUUGAUUUAGCGAAACAGUAUUGUCACAACAAUCCAGCGUUUAUAGACAUUAUAAACGUGAAACAAGCAGAAUUACUCUUCUCCAGGGGUGAAUAUGAGAAAAGUGUCGAAAUAUUUGCAGAGACUCAAUGCAGUUUUGAAACUGUAUGUCUCAAAUUUUUAGAAGUCAAUCAAACGAAUGCUCUUAAAUUUUAUUUAGCCAAACGACUAGAUGCUCUAAAUGAAGACGAUAAGACAUUGAUUUCAAUGAUCGUAAUUUGGAUGACGGAGUUAUAUCUGUCUCAACUUGCAUACUUACGACGGAAGGGGAAAGAGGAUUCGGAUGAAUACUGUCGGAUACAGAGCGACUUUGAAAUGUUUCUCUUGCAACCUAAAGUGAUGAACUGCAUGCAUCACGUAAAGUCGGUGAUAUACGAUCUUAUGGCUUCUUACGGUGAUAAACAUAAUCUGAUCAAAUUGACAAUAAUCAAUGAAGAUUACGAGAAUGUUAUAGAACAGAACAUUUAUAAGAAAUCCUAUUUAGAGGCUUUGAAGAUCUUGCAGGGGUUACGAAGGCCAGAUUUGUACUAUCAGUUCGCGCCGAUGCUUAUGGAGGCCGCGCCAAAACACACCGUCGAUUCUCUCAUCUCUCAAGGUCCUAGUCUUGCACCUUCGAAACUGUUGCCGGCUUUCCUUGGUUGUGAGAAUGAUGAUAAGCAUGUAGAAGAAAUAAUAAGAUAUUUAGAGUAUAUAGUGCAGAACUUUAACGGGAAGGAUAAGGCAAUUCAUAACUAUUUAUUAACAUUGUACGCUGAGAGGAACAAGCCAGCGUUGAUGCGGUAUCUAUCUAGACAGGGGCAGAGUUUGGAAAUGGUUAAUUUUGAUGUACAUUAUGCUUUGAGGGUCUGUCGCGAGAAGAACGUGCCGGAAGCGUGUGUGAAGCUGUCUGCGCUGCUGGGGCUGUGGGAGGCGGCGGUGGGGCGCGCGCUGGACGUGGACGUGGCGCUGGCCAAGAGCGUGGCCGCCAUGCCCGAGGACACGGAGAUGCAGCGCACGCUAUGGCUCACUAUAGCUGAACAUGUUAUAACAAAAAACCAAGACUUAAAGGAAGCAAUGAGCCUAUUACAAGAAUGUCCUCUCAUCAAAAUUGAAGACAUCCUGCCGUUCUUCAGCGAUGUAGUCACUAUAGACCAUUUCAGGGAACCUAUUUGUCAGUCGCUUCAAGAGUAUAAUACACAAAUAGAAGACCUGAAAGCGGAGAUGGAGGAAGCAACUAAGUCUGCGGAAUGUGUGCGCGGCGAGAUCCAGUCGUUCCGCAACCGCAGCGUGGUGGUGUCGGUGUCGGACACGUGCUGCGCCUGCGAGCUGGCGCUGCUGCUGCGCCCCUUCUACCUGUUCCCCUGCGCGCACCGCUUCCACGCCGACUGCCUGCUCGCUGAGAUACACCACACCCUCAGUCCAGCUCGCCGCAACAAGCUGAGCGAUCUGCAGCGGCGGCUGGCGGUGCUGAGCGGCGCCGAGCUGUCCGCCGCCACCGCCAGCGGGCUGCCGCUCCGCGAGCUCAUACGCAACGAGAUAGACGACAUCGUGGCCAGCGAGUGCAUCUUCUGCGGGGAGUACAUGAUCGCGUGCAUCGACAAACCUUUCAUCGCUGAUGAAGAUUGGGAUAGAGUUAUGAAGGAAUGGGAAUAAAUCUUACGUCUUACUAAUAUUGUCCCUUGAAUGCGUGAUUUUUCCAAACAUUCCGGAAAAAUCAUAUUGAUUGAAAGAUCGGUAUUAUAUAAAGGAAAAAU